AUGUCUCCACAUUCACCAACAUCAUUACAAUUCGAUAAACAAAAUCAUACAAAUAGAAAUUUAUCUUUUAUUAUAGCGGAACAAUUCAUUCAUAAUCUAUCUCAAACAAUCGUUAAUAAUAAUAUAGAUAUGUUAGAUUAUGAUAAUACUAAUAGUUCACUUGUUCGUUAUAAAACGCUUUAUCGUAAUUAUCAUGGUAUUAUAUCAAGUUUCGUAUGUAUAUUUGGUUUAACAUGUAAUUUAUUUAAUAUUAUUGUUUUAACACGUCCAUUAAUGCGUUCAUCAACAAAUACGAUUUUAACAUCAUUAGCAUUAUCCGAUUUAAUUAAAAUGUUAUUUGUUUUACCAGCAGCUAUAUUUUUCUAUUGUUUACAAUCAACUGAACAUAAAAGUGAACCUGAUUUUUCAUCACGUUUUCAAGUUACAUUUUAUAUGAUUCAAAUGUUAGUAACAUUAACAUUACAUUGUAUAAGUACAUGGUUAACAGUUCUUCUUGCGGGAUUUCGCUAUGUAUUUUUAAGUUGUAAAACUUUAACAGCAUAUGUUUCAACACCAGAUCGUGCAUUAAUUGGUGUUAGUGCGGUCGUUAUUGUUUCAACUAUACUUUGUAUUCCAUCAUAUAUUGAACAUCGUCUUGCUGAAAAUCCUUUGAAUGAUACAGAUUUCUUAACAAAUACUACUAAUAAUAAACCAAUAAAAUCCUAUCGUUUUGACGAAACUGCGCUUAGUAAAUAUUUAAAUUUACGUGGCACUGUUUUUGUUUUACAUAGUGUUAUAUUUAAAUUAAUUCCAUGUGUAUUAUUACUUUUAUUCAGUUUUUUAUUAAUUCAACAAUUAAGAGAUGCAUUAAAAAAAUCCGAAAAAUUACAAACACAUUCAAUAUUACCAUCUUCGGCUGCUAGUAGCGGACGCAUACGUGGACGUCGACGUGAAAAAGAAAAUCGUCGUACAACAUUAAUGUUAGUUAUUGUUUGUGCUCUAUUUCUUGUUACAGAAUUACCUCAAGGUGCCAUAUUACUUUUAUCAUUUAUUUCCAAAACUAAUUCUAAAUAUUACUAUACAAUCUAUCAACAACUUGGAGAUACAUUUGAUAUAUUAGCAUUAAUUAAUAAUUCAGUUAAUUUUAUUCUUUAUUGUUUAAUGUCACGUGCAUUUCGUGAUACAUUUAAACAAACAUUCUGUUUUGGUUGUCAAAAAACUGAAGGUAGAGAAUCUGCAAUGUCAUUUGCACAAUUAUCAAUAUCAAAACAUCGACAAAAAAAA